AUGGGUGGUUGGUGGAAAGAGCUUACUUUUGGGAGAGUACUGGUCUGUGUUCAGGAGAUGACCAAAAUUGAUAAGUUCAAACUGGAUGCAAAAUUUUGUCGACCACACUCUGGAAUAAGUCAAUUUUUCGCUAAAACAUUUUUGAUCAAGUGGAAUUGUAUCGACUUAUUUACAAGAUUCACCUAUGAAGAAAAUCCUAUCAUAUCACCACAACAAGUGUUUGAUAUGUAUAGUCAAAUUUCUUCUCACUACAAUCCAAUUAAUAUGUUUUCUAAACGAUCUUACCUGAAAGAAAAUUGUUUGAAAACCAUAGGAGAUACCUUAAUACAUAUAAGGAGAUUACGAGCAAAAGAAAGGGUAAUUAAAACAGAUAAAACGCGAAUCGAUUUUCAAACAGCAAAAGAAAAUGAUCAAACGAAUAAAAGAUCUGAUGUUUACGCUGAUUUGGACAACGAGAUCGAUCAAACUCCUUCCGAAAAAAAAUCGGUAAUUUUUGACAUAACAGACAGUAAAGACGAGACUGAAUUCGAAUUACUUACAGGAAAUAAUGGCGCAUCAGAAUCAAACCAGUUUCAUAAUGGAUCGGAAGGUGAAAACGUUGAUUCCGAAAGACCUCAAGAGAAUGGAAGGUCAGCAUAUAAAAAUAAAAGAAAUAGAGAUGAAGACGAAGAUGAGAUAGAUUACGAGGGAUUGUCAUUACUAUUUGAUGAAUCAAACGAGGAUUCCAUUGUGGAAGUUAUUGAUGAAAAAACACUUGAGCAAGAGGACGCACUACCACAAGCAAGUGGCAAUGAGGAUCAACAAAAAAACCUGGAUGCGAAUACCGUUGAAGCCUUUUGCAAAUAUCAAAAGACGAUUCCAAAAUCUCGCAGGAUUUUUACACCUGCGUAUUGGGGAGUUCUGGACUUAACGAGAGAAAGCUUAUAUGAUUGUAAACACCUCACAGAAAAAGACAUAAAUCAACUUUCGCAAGAUUUUUCCAACAAAAUUUCCUGGAAAACAAUGCCCCCGGAAAAGCACAUUCGAGAAUAUUUUGAUAAUAAUUGUGAAAAAAAUGCAGACAAUAUUGGAAAACUAGAUAUAAACAUCCAGUUUAUGUAUUGUUCGGUUCCAAUAGGAUUAAAAAUGCUUGAUAAAUCAUUUGUUUUUGUUUAUGAGGGCACGAAUAGGAAGACGUGUAGAUAUGAAAGUACUCUUAUUAAAACGUCUAAUAAAUUCGAAGUUAUUUAUGGAGAAGUGUCAGGGAGAUUGGGUCCGCUUGGAAUACCUACUGCUUGUUGCAAAACGUUACCUGGACAAGGUAAAGCUCACGAUAAUAAUGCGAGACAACAUAAACCGACUUCUAAAAGAAU